AUGAAAAUUGUCUUAUACACAGGCGAUGAUGGAUUAUCAGCUAAAGAGCUGAUACAACGUGCUGCUGACGUGUUUAAUCUUGCGGAAUUAAGAACGCUGCACGUGGAACGACACGUAACACUCGUACCACUUUGUAACCGCACGAUCCUUGAGCCAAAUCAUUAUCCAAGCUUUACGCUCUUGUGGCAAAGUGUAGCACACAUUCGAUUGGCAUUUGAAGCUAUUCAACAGAGUUCACGACAGCAAUUGUAUCCACAAGUCUGGGUGGACACAACAGGGUGUCCAUUUUCUUACAUUGUGGCAAGUGUGCUCUACAAGUGCAUUGUCGUAGCUUAUGUGCACUACCCCAUGAUCUCUACUGACAUGAUUGCCAAGGUCCAGCAGCGCAAUGCUGGAUUUAAUCACGACGCGGCUAUUGCUGCAAGCUCGUUGAGAUCACUUGCCAAAUACGUUUAUUAUCGCCUAUUUGCAGGUGCUUACAGUUUAGUGGGCAAAUUCUGCACUGACGUGGUAAUGGUUAAUUCGACGUGGACAUACAAUCACAUUAAGCAACUUUGGGGAAAGACUCCACUAAUUGUCUACCCGCCUUGUGGUGCCAUGCGUGAGUACAUGGACUUUAGUCUAGAAAAUCGCGAGCCCAUUGCACUCUCGAUUUCUCAGUUCCGACCAGAAAAGAACCAGCUAUUGCAACUCCAGGCCUUUCAAGUGCUGCUGACAAAGCAUGCGGAGCGAAUGAAAACCAAGUAUCGCGAUUUUUGUCUGGUCUUGCUGGGAAGCUGUCGCAAUACUGACGAUGAAGCGCGCGUAGAGACAUUGAAGCAACAGGCUGAAGCAUUGGGCAUUGCUGACCGUGUGGAUUUUGUGGUCAAUGCGAGUUUUGUUGAGCUGAAGCAGUACCUUUCAAAGAGCUCUAUCGGCGUACACACCAUGUACAAUGAACACUUUGGCAUUAGCAACGUGGAGAUGAUGGCGGCUGGCAUGCUGAUAGUCGCCAACAACUCCGGUGGCCCCAAGGCCGAUAUUGUAAAGCCAGAGACUGGGUGUCUGGCGCUUACAGCGGACGAGUAUGCUGAUAAGAUAUUGUUGUUGCUGGAAAAGUCUCCAUCUGAAUCAAUUGAAAUGCGGUCCGCAGCACGCAAAUCUUCAUCGAGAUUUUCGGAUGAAGAGUUCGGUGUACAAAUUUUAGCGGCGAUGAAUGGCGUUCUUGAGUCCGUAGUUGGUGGUCGUAAGCACGUCAAUGUGCAGCGGUCCACUGACAUUGUAGAUUGUGCGUUGGUUGGUGGCCAGAGACCGAUUGGGCAUGCAGGAACCUCUGAAAAACGAGAUGUGGAGCGUGGAACUUACAUGCGUGCAAAGUGUGCAGAACUUGGCGAGAACAAAUACGAGAUGAAUCCUGCAGAAUUUACAGACAAAACGAAUGAAUAUCUACGUCAUGCACAUGAUAUGGCAGAGGAAAUGGGCCACUCCCAGCUCACACCCCUCCAUGUAGCCUAUGCGCUAUUUGAUGACAAGAAUGGUACGGCCAAACGUGUGGCUGAUUUAGUACAUGGCAACGUAGCUGGCUUUCAACAGGACGCAAUGCUACAGCUCAAAAAAUUACCGACGCAGAUCCCAGCGCCCGACUCGAUUGGCGUUGACUCGGCACUCAUAAAGAUGUUAAAAUACGCUCACAAGAUGCGUAAGGACAUGAAAGAUUCGCACUUAGCAGCCGACCAUCUUGUUGUUGCUCUGUAUCACAACUCACAGGUUGCAAGUCUACUCAAGAGCAAUCAAAUGGAUGAAAAUCAAGUGAAAGAUGCAGUACAAAAGAUGCGAGGUGGUCGUCCUGUUACGAACGCGUCAGCUGAAGAGAGUUAUGAUGCGCUUAAUAAAUAUGGUCAGAAUCUGAUUGAAUUGGCUGAGGCUGGUAAGAUUGACCCAGUUAUUGGACGAGACGAAGAGAUUCGACGAGUGAUUCGCAUUUUAUCAAGACGAACCAAGAACAAUCCGGUGCUGAUUGGUGAACCCGGUGUAGGAAAGACUGCUAUUGUUGAAGGUUUAGCACGACGGAUUGUGGUAGGUGACGUGCCCGAGUCGCUGAAUUGCAAGCUCAUUAGUCUGGAUAUGGGCGCCCUGAUUGCAGGUGCCAAGUACCGUGGUGAGUUUGAAGAGCGUCUCAAGGCUGUGCUGAAGGAGGUGAAAGACAGUGACGGCAAGAUUAUCCUGUUCAUCGAUGAGAUGCACCUGAUUCUCGGUGCUGGACAAACAUCGGGUGCAAUGGACGCUGCCAACCUGUUGAAGCCCAUGCUAGCGCGCGGCGAGUUGCGGUGCAUUGGUGCGACAACGCUUGACGAAUAUCGCGAGCACGUGGAGAAGGACAAGGCAUUUGAGCGACGAUUCCAACAGGUGCAAGUGCAUGAGCCGUCCGUCCCAGACACGGUGAGCAUUUUGCGAGGUUUGAAGGAGCGGUACGAGGCACAUCACGGAGUGCAGAUCACCGAUGCGGCUCUGGUUGCAGCUGCCAAGCUUGCAGAUCGCUACAUCAAGGGGAGAUUCAUGCCUGACAAAGCCAUCGAUAUCAUCGAUGAAGCGUGCGCAAACGUUCGUGUUCAGCUGGAUAGCCAGCCUGAAGUCAUUGAUGAGUUAGAGCGUCGGCAGCUGCAGCUGCAGGUGGAGGCUACGGCACUAGCAAAGGAGAAGGAUGAAUUGAGCAAGCAGCGUUUGAAAAAAGUGCAAGAGGAUCUGAACAAGAUCCAAGACGAAUUGAGCCCGCUGAUCUUGCGCCACGAGGCGGAGAAAGCUCGCGUUAAUGAAAUCCGCCAGCUACGUGACAAGUUGCAGAACUUGCAGCUGAAGGCUGAGCAGGCUGAACGCAAUCUGGACCUGCAGACUGCUUCUGAUCUGCAAUAUUAUGCCAUUCCCGACGUGAGGCGUCGCAUUGCCGCAGCCGAGGAAGCAAAGAAGCGUGAAGAUGAAGACGAAUUGCAGCACAAGAUGGUCGAAGAGGUUGUUCGGGAAAACCAGAUAUGCGAGGUGGUAGCUCGUUGGACGGGUAUCCCAGUGUCUCGUCUGACGUCAAGUAUGGGCGACCGCCUCAUGCAUUUGGAAGAGCGCAUCCACCAGCGCGUUGUUGGACAGGAGGAGGCAGUGAAGGCUGUUUGCGACGCAACAGAGUUGGCAAAGGCGCUUGCGAACGAGCUCUUCGACGAUGACAAGCACAUGGUGCGUAUCGACAUGAGCGAGUACAUGGAGGAGCACACGGUCUCGCGACUCAUCGGCUCUCCACCCGGAUACGUUGGCUUUAGCGAAGGUGGGCAGCUAACUGAGGCUGUGCGUCGCAAUCCAUACAACGUGGUGUUGGUGGACGAGAUUGAGAAGGCCCAUCCGAAGGUGCUGAAUAUUCUGCUGCAAGUGUUGGACGAUGGCCGACUGACGGAUUCGCAUGGACGCACGGUCGAUUUUGCAAACACGGUGAUCAUCAUGACGUCAAACAUUGGCGCGGAGCACCUGCUUUUUGAGAACGAUUUGUCGCCGCGCGCAAGCAAGAAGAUCAAGACCGAGGGUGACGUUAUGGAUGCGGAAAGCGAUAGGAAGCGGGAGUUUGCAAACCAGCGCAAGUUGGUGCUUCAGCAGUUGCGUCGUACCAUUCGUCCAGAGCUACUGAACCGCUUGGACGACAUUGUUGUGUUUGAACCACUGGGCCGCAAGGAGUUGCGUCAGAUCGUGUUGUUACAGUUCGACUCGGUCAUUAGCCGGUUGAAGGAAGCGCAGAUUUCGAUAAACGUGACGACGGCAGCGCUGGACGUGAUCUUGGCUGAAGCCUACGAGCCGCAGUAUGGUGCACGUCCUAUUAAGCGAUAUAUCGAAAAGCACGUUGUGACAGACCUGAGCAAACUCAUUAUCUCUGGUCAACUCCAUGCCAAAACUCAAGUGGAGAUCACGGAGACCAAUGGCAAAUUAUCAUUUACGAUCUUGCAGUCCAAGGACGUUGACAUUGAAAUGGCUCCGUAA